AUGAGCGGCUACCAGAACGGAGAGCGGCCCGUCCGCGUCGACGACGACAGCGACGUCGAGGAGGAGGCCCUCGUCAACGACUAUAAGGAGCAGGUCCAGUAUGAGGACAACAUUGGCGAGGACCUCGAGCAGGUCAACUCCCUGACCAUGGCCCAGCAGACCGACGACAUCCAGUCGCGUCUCGCCGCCGCCGCCCAGCCGCUCGACUUCUCCGCGCCCCUCGAGGUCAAGUUCCAGAGCUACGACUCGUACUGCAGUCUGUUCCACUUCAUCCUCAACAGCGAGGGUCCCGUCGACCUCGAGCCCCCUUCGUACUACUGGGCCUGGGACGUCAUCGACGAGUUCAUCUACCAAUUCAACUCCUUCUCGUCCUACCGCAUGCGCAUCGCCCGCCAGGGCAACAACGAGGAGGAGAUGCAGGUCCUCAAGGAGAACCCAAACACCUGGGGCUGCUACUCGGUCCUCAACGUCCUCUACUCCCUCAUCCAGCGCUCCCAAAUCACCGAGCAGCUGGCCGCCAUGCGCCGCAACGAGGACCCCAUGGCCGUCGCCGGCGAGUACGGCAGCAAGAACCUUUACCGCAUGCUGGGCUACUUCUCCAUCAUCGGCCUCCUCCGCGUCCACUGCCUCCUCGGCGACUUCAGCCUCGCCCUCAAGACGCUCGACGAUAUUGAGCUCAACAAGAAGGCCAUGUUCGCCCGCGUCAUGGCCGCCCACUUCACCACCUACUACUACGUCGGCUUCUCCUACAUGAUGAUGCACCGCUACGCCGACGCCAUCAAGAUGUUCUCCCACAUCCUGGUCUACGUCUCCCGCACAAAGAACUUCCAAAAGAACGCCCAAUACGACUCCAUCACCAAGAAGAACGACCAGAUGUACGCCCUUAUCGCCAUCUGCGUCGCCUUCCACCCCACCCGCCUCGACGACACCAUCCACUCCGCCCUCCGCGAGAAGUACGGCGACCAGCUCCUCAAGCUCCAGCGCGGCGGCCCCGAGUCCCUCCCCAUCUUUGAGGAGCUCUUCCGCUCCGCCUGCCCCAAGUUCAUCUCCCCCGUGCCCCCAGACUUUGAGAACCCCGAGUCCAACAUCGACCCCGUCGAGCACCACCUCGCCGUCUUCAUGGAGGAGGUCAAGAUCAACAUGAUGAGCCCCACCGUCAAGUCCUACCUCCGCCUCUACACCACCAUGGACCUCAACAAGCUGGCCGGCUUCCUCGAGGUCAAGCCCGACGAGCUCCGCUCCUGGCUCCUGGUCAACAAGCAGCGCACCAAGCAGCUGCGCUGGACCGACCACCCCAGCCUGUUGGACGGCGACCUGAUCAACGUCAGCGACCUGGAUUACGCCAUGCAGGGUGACCUGAUCCACAUCUCGGAAGCCAAGGUCGGCCGCAAGCUGGUCGACUGGUACCUCCGCAACCUGUCCCGCACGUACGCUUGA